CCGCCGCCGAACCCGGCCCAGUCUGCCUCGGAGACCACCGAGCCUGUCGACCUCUUUUCCUCGAACGCCAAUUCCCUCCACCACGCCGUUUACGCCCGUCGUGCCGAGUAUACCAGACCUCAUCGCAUUCGCAUAAAGGUUGGGACCUGGAAUGUUGCCGCCUGCCCAGGUACGGAUAAAGACCUGGCCGCCUGGUUUGUCGACGGUGAUGGUGCUUCCGUUCCCGCAGCCACGCAGCCAUCAGAUUCCGCCACACCUAGCCAGGACACAGAAGGCCCGCGCAUCCUCGCAGGCGACAAAAUCGGUCUCUACGUCCUUGGUCUGCAGGAGGUUGUCACUCUCAACCCCGUCAGCCAGUAUGUCUACUCGGACCCAAACCCCACAGACAAGUGGCGUCUUGCUCUGGAGGCGGCCAUGCCCAAGGGCUAUACCUUUGUUACCUCAGAGCACAUGUCGGGCCUAUUGCUUCUGCUCUACGCCUCUACAGAAGUGGCUCCCAGCAUCGGAAACAUCAGCACAAAGGUUGUAGGCACUGGCGUUGGAGGUUGGUUCGGGAACAAAGGUGCAACCAUCGCCCGCAUCCUCCUCGGGGAGGCUACCAGGCUGGUGUUUGUCAACUCCCAUCUCUCCAGCGGCAGCGACCCCUCCACUGUCGAGCGCCGCUGUUGGGAUGUCAGGACCAUUGUGGAUCGCACCCGGUUUGACCCUGUCUCCGUCCCUGGAUAUGAUAACACCGAGGGUGAGGACAGGAUUGGUGAUGAGGACUUUGCCUUCUGGUUUGGCGACCUCAACUUCCGCCUCGGUGGCAUCCCAGGCGAUGACAUACGCCGCCUGUUAACGCUCCACACGACAGGUGAAUAUGGCUCGACCCGGCGGCCGGAGCCCAGCAAUAAUGAGGAUGCGAUCAUCGUGAAAGAAACUCCCGAGAGCACAGAUGAGCGCGCAGCAGCAGCAGCAGCAGCAGCAGAAGAUUCCUCAGCAAGACGAAGCCAGUCGUCUUCUAAUCCUGGCGGCGAGGAUGAUGACAGUGUUGAUUUGCCUGACCCAGACGACUUUGAGCCUGACCCUCAAGAGGAUCCAACAUCCCUCCAGGCCACCCUGGACUCGCUCCUGCCACAUGACCAGCUGCAACAAGCCGUGAAACGGCGCAAGAUAUUUCACGAUGGCUGGCGGGAAGGGCCCAUCUCCUUCCUCCCUUCAUACAAGUACGACGUGGGGACCGUCGGCGUCUUCGACUCGAGCGAGAAGAAACGAGCGCCCAGCUGGUGCGACCGCAUCUUAUUUCGUACGAGGCUGGACCGAGAGCGAUUCGAACUGAAGCUCAGGGAAGAGGCGGCUGCCCACAGGCGGGAUGAGGAGAUGAAAGCCCGCGGCAUUGAUCAUGCUGGGGAUGACGAUGAGGUGCUUUUCGACUACGACCCGGAACAUGACGGCGACACGGAACCUGCUGGACAACCAGGGCUGGACUACGACGAGUAUGAAGACGCUGGUGGUCUUGCAGGGCUCUCUGCGGGCAACGAAGACAGCAACACCGCCGACUGCAUCAACCUGGAAACCUACACCUCCUACCAACGAGUCACAUCAUCUGACCACAAACCCGUCGCUGCCAUUUUCACACUCGACUUCGCCGCUGUAGUACCGGAACUCAAGGCCGAGGUGCUUGCCGAAGUCGCUCGGGAACUUGACCGUGCUGAAAAUGAGGGCCGGCCGUCCAUCACAAUCGUCGUGGAAGGGUCACAAUCUGGCUCCGGCUCGGUCGAUGUGGGUGACAUCAGAUAUCUCGAGCGGCGAACGGCUUACCUCACUCUUGCCAACACCGGCCGUGUGCCAGCCACCCUCAGCUUCGUCGAGAAGCCGGCCACCGAGCAGCCAGGAGACGGCGGCCCGGAUCGCCAGUGGCUAGAGACCUCGUUAUCGAGGACGGAGCUCAGUGGGGUCGGCGGCGGCGAGGAGGCUUUCGAUCUGGGGAAGGAGGUCACGCUGGAGCCCGGUGAGACGGUGACCGCUUCCAUACAGGUCUUCGUCGGGCAAUUGUCGCAAGCUAGAUUGCUCAACGAAGGAGGGGCGAGUCUGGACGAAGUGCUGGUGUUGCGCGUUACCGACGGCAGAGAUUACUUCAUCCCGGUGCGAGCGGUCUGGCUUCCCACAUGCAUGGGCAGGUCUGUUGACGAGCUCAUACGGGUCCCUGACGGCGGCAUCCGGCGCCUCGUGACGUCGCUGGCCGACACCAAGGAGGGCAAGCAACACACGGGCGCCAUCCCGUACAGCCUCACGGUCCACCGCUCUGCGCCCAAGGAGCUCUUCAAGCUGAUCGACGCCCUCGAGACCCUUACCGACCGGACACUGGCGGAUGAGCAGAUGCUGGGGUCCUACACGAUACCCCGAGACAAGCAUGGAUGGCCAUUUGAGGACUUUGUCGCCGAUCCACACGAGCACCUCAUUCCCUCGGUGAUCGACACUCUCGACACGGACCGGCCUAUCGCUGACGCCUUCCUCCCGGAGACCAAUCCGUGCCAGCGUCUCGAGACCGUUGCCGAGGUCCUCGUACACUUCCUACGCGGCCUAACGGAUGGCGUGGUGAGUGUGCCACUGUGGUCGAAAAUUGAGCAGGCUCCGAUCAAGGCCCUCGGUCAGGCCCCGCCGUCGUCCUCAGGGUCGGGCAUGUCCGGGUUAGAAGCCGCAGAAGACGACAAGGUGGCGAUCCUCGAUAUCCUCACGACCGCACCGAACCACAAUAUCUGUUUUGUGUUUCUCACCACCACCCUGGCCAGUGUUGUCGCAGAGCUCGCGCCUGUCCAGAAGGACAAGAUUGAAACCCCUGGGGCAGGAGCAGCAUCAGCAGCCUCCCAAAGAGGGGCGAUUGGGGCGAUUGGGGCGCUGGGCCGCAGAUCCCUGAGCUUCAGGCAGAGCCUGACGAUAGGAUCCGGUACAACUAUGGCGUCUUCAGUCACCGAAGCCAUCGCAGCACUGGAGAGAAGGAAGGCAAGAGAGAGGAGAGUUGCGCAAAUCUUUGGCAAUGCCGUCUGCAGGGCUCCCGAGACAGGCCGUGACAAGGACCGGAAGAUCUUGGAAGGGAAACAGUCCACGCUGGUUGAGCUAUUUAUCAGGAGGCGU